GUAUCCGAUGCUAAGCAAAAGCUUCUUCCUUCCACACUCCCAGCAAACCCAAAUAGAGCGCCUUCUUUUCUAGCGACGAAGAACAAGCAUUGUCUUCGAUGGAGGCAAAGGGUGGAUCAGAGGAGAUCGUGGUGAUGGAAACGGAGGCGGUGUCGGAGGCUGUGCCUGCAGCGGGGCAGGAAGAAGCUCAUCCGUAUGCAUUCCACGUUUCUGGACCCCGCAAUGUGGCUUCUCCUAACUGGAAAGAUCUUAUCAACUCUAGUUGGAAAGAUGCAAACUAUAAGAGAACUGUAAUUGCCUGCUUCAUACAGGCAGUUUACUUACUUGAAUUGGACAGGCAAGAGAACAGAAAAGAGGAAAAUGCUCUUGCUCCAAAAUGGUGGAUGCCAUUCAAGUACAAGCUGACCCAAACAUUGAUUGAUGGAAGAGAUGGAUCCAUAUUUGGAGCAGUACUAGAAUGGGAUAGGUCAUCAGCCCUGGCAGACUUUAUACUGGUUAGACCAAGUGGAGCACCAAGGGCCGUUUUAGCACUUCGAGGAACAGUACUUAAAGGUCCAACAAUCAGGAGGGAUAUUGAAGAUGACCUUCGAUUUCUAGCUUGGGAAAGUUUGAAAGGUUCUGUCAGAUUUAAAGUUGCACUGGAGGCAUUAAAAUCUGUGGCUGAGAGGUAUGGAAGCAACAAUGUGUGUGUUGCAGGGCAUUCCUUAGGAGCUGGCUUUGCUCUCCAAGUGGGAAAAGCAUUAGCAAAAGAAGGAAUAUGUAUUGAUGCCCAUUUGUUCAACCCACCCUCUAUUUCCCUUGCUAUGAGCUUUAGAAAUAUAGGAGAAAAAGCUGGGGUUGUUUGGAAGAGAUUUAAAUCGAUGCUUCCUUCAAGCAGUGAGACUCAGGCAAAUAACAAAGAGGGGCAGAAGGCGAGUUAUUUAGAUUUAAAGAACUGGGUGCCCCAUUUUAAUGGUGAGAAAGCUCAUGCAGAAUUGAAAAAAUGGGUGCCUCACUUAUAUGUGAACAACAGUGACUAUAUUUGUUGCCACUAUACGGAUCCUGAAGGAGGAGAGGCAAACAAUGCCAACAAGGAGAACGUUGGUCCUACAAACGGACAAGUUGCUGCAAAGCUGUUUGUAAAGUCUAAAGGAAAUCAGAAGUUUCUUGAGGCUCAUGGGUUGGAGCAAUGGUGGUCUGAUGAUCUGGAUCUUCAACUUGCUCUCAAUAGCAGCAAAUUAGUAAGCAGGCAGCUGAAAUCCCUGUAUAGCCUCCCACCUCCAGAACAGUUAAAUGGAAGAUCAAGAUAACAACAGGGCAUUACUCUGGUUAAAUGUCAAUUUUCAGGCUACAAAAAUAGUUCCAUAAAAAAUGCAAGGAGACGAAGGAAGCAGUAGAUAGCAGACAGUAGCAUCACAUUUCUGAAGGAAAUAGAAAAAGCUUCUUUAAAUCUCAGGAAUUUAUUUCUCAAAUGGGUCUAUCUGUGUGGGAAAUGAUAGAUCAUGCUAUUUGAAAUAGAAUUAAGUUCAAAAUUUUGUUAUAUUUGGACUACACUUAUCCACUUAUAAGUAACCUAGUUUAAAUUUUGUAUUUGAAUUUCUGUAACAAAUUACAGUUCAGCUACAUGUAAAAGUGCGUAGGAUAUCUCAAUGAAAUAUCAUAAUCACC